ACAAACCACAACAAACGCCACGUCUCGCACGUCGAAGGCUCCGCGAAGCUCGGCGUCCACUCUAGUUCAUACAACAACCACCCCCGUGCAUCUUCAACAUGCGUAAGACGUGUGUCUUCGGCGGCCGUAGCCACCCCGUCCUGACCGAUGGCAUCUGCGAGAGACUCGGCAGACGUCCCGACAAGGUCGAUCUUAGAAAGUUCGCCAACGGAGAGACCAGUGUCGAGAUCAAGACGUCGGUGCGCGACAUGAACGUCUUCAUCAUCCAAAGCGGUUCUCAAAAGACCAACGACGACAUCAUGGAGCUCCUGAUUAUGAUUAACGCUUGUAAGGGAGGCUCAUCCAAGACUGUCACCGCCGUCAUGCCAUACUUCCCAUACUCGCGCCAGUCAAAGAAGAAGAGUCACAGAGGUGCAAUUACUGCCCGCAUGAUUGCCAACCUGAUGCACAUUGCCGGCGUUAACCACGUCAUUACCAUUGACCUUCACGCAAGCCAGAUGCAGGGCUUCUUCAAGUGCCCCGUCGACAAUCUGGUCGCCGAGCCCCUCCUUGCCCGCUGGAUCCGCAGCACCGUCGAGAACUGGAAGGAGGGUGUCGUUGUUAGCAAGAACCCCGGUGGUACCAAGCGUGUGACUUCGUUGGCCGAUGCCUUGAAGCUGAGCUUCGGCAUUGUCACCACUGACAGAAGACGCCCCAACAUGGGCCAGAGCAUGUACAACUCAGUCAUCUACGAGACCGCCACCGGCGAGUCCAUGGCCCCAGUCGAGGUCUCCUCUGCCGCAACAGCUGCCGCAGCUGAAGAAGUCGAAGCCGAGCAACACACCGACCUCGACCACGCUCCUCCGAUCGAGCACGACUUCGCUCCCCAGUCCGGCGACAGCAAACCUUCUGACUAUGCAAACUCCGAGAGCCGUCCAGAUAACUUCCAACGCCGUCCCGGAAAGCCGCGCUCGACCACUGCAUUCAACAGCAGGCUGUUGGGUGCCCCGGCUCUUCCCAGCCCCUUGGCUCAGUUCUCGCGCCCCGACUCGUCUGACGGCCUGAACAAGGAGGGACAACAUGAUGAAUCAAGCGACAAGCCCGACAGUGUCUCCGCACUCGACGGCCCACCUAAGCUUCACCGCGUGUCCACCGCACUCGGCACCGUUCAGCCUCCUGCUGAGCCCACCGAGGACAACGAAGACGAAGAAGCCGCCGAUGAGUACACCGACGAGCGUGCCCGUAACGUCAUUACUGGUCGUCUUAUCCACGGUCACCUUGUCGACGACGAUUUCCCCUCGCCUGUUAUGUCCGCCAUGUCCAGCUCCACACCCGGCCUCUACCCCAUGAGAAGCGCAGGCUCCGACGAUGAGGAGGUUCCCGACCACAUGAUGCAAUCUUUCGCAUCCAUCGCAUCUUCUCGCCGUCCUGACUUUGCUCUUGGCGGUACCGGCGACGCCACAGCCUCAGACGACGAAGAGGAAGAAGCUCUCCAAGACCCUGAGCUUGAGACCACUAUCACACUUGUCGGCAACGUGCGAAAUCGCCCCGUCUUCAUCGUCGACGACAUAAUCGACAAGUCUGGCUCAUGGAUCGCCGCUGCCGAGACGGUCGUCAAGCGCGGUGGUGCCACAAAAGUCUACUGCAUGGCCACCCACGGUCUCUUUGGCAAAGACUGUCUACGCGAGAUGGACGAGUGUGACGAGAUUGAUGCGAUCGUUGUCACCAAUGCCUUCCCCAUUCCCGAGGAAAAGCGCAAGGGCAUCCGCAAGUUGGUUGUCUUGGAUGUCAGCACUUUGCUCGCUGAAGCUAUCCGCCGCAACAACCACGGUGAAAGCAUCAGCCAGCUCUUCAUGCAUCACGAGUAGCUUUCCCACACCGGGAGCACGAAAAAGAAAAGGGGUUAUUAAAGGGAAAGAAUGGUAUAGGGAUGCCUGGUUGCUUUUUCACUUGCAUUGGGCUCUGGCGUAUAUGAGG